UCCCACGAGCGAGUGAACGCCGCUUUCUUCCGCCCAAUCAAACUCCAGCUCCUCGUUCACCUGAUCACAGCGAAGCCAUUUUGUCCUGAACGGCUCCGCCAGCGCAUUCUUCACCAAACCGGAAUAACGUAGAGCUGACAGUUCCACAGACACGGCGACAGACGGCGGGGUUUGUAGCCACACCAGCCCGAAUUUAGUCCUGAACAACUCGACGUCUCUCGGUGUCUCCACGGGCGGAACCGUGUCAAAUUCGCGGACUAAAGGGAGACUUUUAGCGGGACGGAAAGGAAGAGAAGCAGGCAUCCGGUUAGACGCGCUGGCUCACCGGGCUGGAGUCCAACUUAAGCCGGACACUUUCAGCUGUUCUCGUCGGGAUGCGCCUGGGACCUGUUUAAAACAACAUUAACCGUUGUUUUUGAAGGUUAUGUGUUAUUUAGAAAUAGCUUAGUCUUUGCUUGCUUUUCGUUGCUAGUUCUCUGAUAUAAGAAAGCUGAAGCUCGGAUGUGAUUUAUCUACUCAGCUGGCUGGGCAGAUAGUUUAGGUUUUGGUUAGAUGUUCAUAGCUUGGUUACAUAAUAUUUCUUCCCUUUUGUUACCGGCAGAGUAACAUUUUUGAGUUAAUCCUGCCUUCUUGCGUCCUCUUUAGUUACCAAGUCUCUCGCAGGGUUUGGUUUGUACGUCUAUGCAUAUUUUUCCUCGCAGCAAACCUGUCAGAGUUCCUUCUGGUUGCCAAGUCUUGGUGCCAGGAUUAUAAAGGCAGAGAAUAAAGAACCACAAGGGAGAUUUGCUUAUCUUAUCAUUAGCUAGGCUGCCGGUGCUUCCUACAUCCAGUUAAAAGCUCUGUAUUGGUGAGGCUCGAGCUGGCUGACAGGUGAUAUUUUCUGCCUGAAUCCUCUGAGCUGGCCUGACUGAUAGCUAUGACAUUUUCCAACAGUUGUUUUGUAUCUUCAGGCUUCAAUAGUACUAGUGUCUGCUCUUGGUGCCAACGCUGCAUUAGUAAUAUUAGCUAACAAAAGCUCAGAUCGCCCCCUUUCCGAAUUAGUUACGGCAUAUCUAGUUGUGACAUUUUUACUAGUUAGAUCAACUUUUCCUUCCCUUUUUUGCUACAAGACGUGUGCAGAUUAGUGUCACUUGACUUGCUGGCUGGUUCGAAGCCUAUAAAACUCAACCGUUUGUAUCGAGUCAAGUGUAUUUUUGUAAAAUCGUCAAACUCCUAUACUAGGAUCUUAGAGGAAAUACACAGGUUUGCAGUCAGACCGUAUCAAGUUUAGUGGUUGGGUUUUUCGAAUCUCAGCGCUGAAUUAAAAUGUCAGGACAGUCCAUCACAGAUCGCAUCGCUGCAGCCCAGCACAGCAUGACUGGAUCAGCCAUCAGCAAAGCCGUCUGCAAGGCCACAACGCAUGAAGUCAGUGGACCCAAAAAGAAACACCUCGAUUAUCUCAUCCACUGCACCAAUGAGAUGAAUGUGAACGUGCCCCAGCUGGCAGACACUCUGUUUGAGAGAACCACCAACAGCAGCUGGGUCGUGGUCUUCAAAGCGCUCAUCACCACACACCAUCUAAUGAUGUAUGGAAAUGAGCGUUUCAUCCAGUAUCUGGCCUCAAGAAACACACUCUUCAAUCUGAACAAUUUUCUUGAUAAAGGUGCAUUGCAAGGCUAUGACAUGUCCACGUUCAUCAGGCGGUACAGUAGAUAUCUCAACGAGAAAGCUCUUUCUUAUAGGCUGGUAGCUGUGGACUUCACCAAGAUGAAGAGAGGUAUUGAUGGAGUCAUGCGCACCAUGAACACAGAGAAGCUGAUCAAAACGUUGCCUAUCAUUCAGAACCAGCUGGACGCGCUGCUGGAUUUCCAGGCUAACCCUAAUGAGCUGACUAACGGAGUGAUCAACGCUGCCUUCAUGCUGCUCUUCAAAGACUCCAUCCGUCUGUUUGCUGCCUAUAAUGAGGGUGUUAUCAACCUGCUGGAGAAAUACUUUGAUAUGAAGAAAAACCAGUGUAAAGACGCUCUGGACAUCUAUAAGAAGUUUCUGUACAGGAUGACCAAGCUAUCAGAGUUCCUUAAAGUGGCUGAGCAAGUUGGGAUUGAUCAGGGUGACAUCCCAGAUCUCACUCAGGCUCCCAGCAGUCUCCUGGAGGCUCUUGAACAGCACCUGGCGUCUCUGGAGGGAAAGAAAACCAAGGAGCUCUCCGCUGACAACAGAGCCAACACACUGUCCAAUGCAGUGUCGUCCCUGUCCAACACAGGCAUGUCCUUCUCUUUCUCAUCCAGCAGAAUGGAUGAGAAGGAGAAACAACAGGCCCUGGAGGAGGAACAAGCCCGUCUGCAAGCACUCAAGAACCAGCGUCUGAAGGAGAUCGGCAUGCAGACUCCCACCGCCUCGCCCAGCACACAAUCUUUGGGCAGUGCCAACAACCACAACGCAGACGUGGACCUGUUCACCAACACCACAAGCCCACCAUCAAUCAACAGCAUGCCAAACCUCACCAGUGACUUGUUUGACCUCCAGCCUGCCUUCGUUCCUGCUGUGCAGAGCACUCCUAUCUCCACCGCCAGCAGUGCCUGGGGAGGUGUAGAGAGCAGCACUCUUCAUUCCAUGACUUCCAUGCCCACCAUGAAUGUAGAUUUUGAUGCUGUAUUUGGGACUAAAGCUUCCAAUACUGACGUGAAGCCUUCAGCUGGCUAUGAUGCAUCAGGAGACUUGUUGAAACCUACGGUGACGGUUCACAGUCAGACGCCGGUCAUGCACCAUCAUACAGGCAGUAAACUGUUGGCCAAUGACCUGGACUCAUCUCUGGCCAACCUCGUAGGCAAUCUGCAGUUUGGGGGAACACCAGGCAAAAAGUCUGAUAUGCAGUGGACUCAGCCUGGAGAGAAGAAGUUGACUGGUGGCACUAACUGGCAGUCAAAGACAAUGAGCAGCACCACUGCCUGGAGCCCCGCCCCCCUGCCACCUGCUGCUAUGCCACCUGCCGCCAUGCCCGUGCCACACAUGACUGGAAUGUUCUAUACUAGUUAUGCUCCUGCUCCCAUGGCGUUUCCCAUGACAACACCUCAAGUGCCUGUGUAUGGAAUGGUUCCUCCUCAGCUGGGACAGAUGGGAGGGGUUCCAGUCAUGACCCAACAACCCAUGUUGUACAACCAGCCUGUUCUCAGACCCACUAACCCUUUCACACCCAUCCCUGGAGCCCAGAUGCAGUUCAUGUAAGUAGCAGUUCAAGCAGAGCGCCAAACAAGAUGGCUGAAAAGAACACUGAGCGAGUGAGAGGAGGAUCCCAGUACCACCAAAUAAAAGCAGGGCGAGACAAAAAGAAAGAGCAAUGUGUUUGUGUCAAGAAUGCUUACCUCACUGUCUGAAACGGCUCGCCCAACACACACACACACACACACACACACACACACACACACACACACACACACACGCACAGAUCCCGCAUGAGCGUGUACACACUGUUUCAUUUCUCAUCUCUCGAGGUUCAUUUCUUUCCCGGGGCACUGUGUCUACUGACAGGUGUGAUACAUCAUGGAAAUCCUAGAUUCUAUUGCUGGUAUUAAACUACCGGCUCAAUUUUUUUUUUAAAUUCGCAAUUAAUAUGAAUUAGAUUUAAAGGCCAGCACAGUGGACUUCCUGUUACUUUCAUCGUUUGCUCUGUUAUGAAAAUACAUGAGCUGAGUACAGGAAAAUGGUCACUGUUGCCCAAGAAAAAGCAGGUUGCCACAUCAUAAACGCAUUUAAAUGGCUCAUUAACGCAAUGCCCCGGCUUCUCAUUUCAGAACCAGGAAAGAAGCAGACCUCUUACAUAAGGUGUUCUGCACCACCCAAGCACUUUACACAUGCAUUUAUGUGUAACACAAUAUAGAACUUUGAGCUGGUCUCUCAUAUCUAGCAAAUUAGUAGUCUGAUGCUAACAAUUAACGUCUUGCCGUUACUGGUGGCUUCCAUUCAUGGUCAGUCAGUCAGUCUUUGUUUAUGCAGGUUUAGGUGUUGCCGUUUCAGACAUGCUGGUGACCUUGCACAUGCACCCAAACUUGAGUUCUGCAAGCCACAUGAAGAGCCCCCUCUCACUGGCCCCUACCUUGUUUUGUCUCUCCCAGGACACGAAUAAACAUAUCUGCUCCCGCU